AUGUUAAAGAGAAGUCCAAGCCCACCAGCAACGUAUGCGAAAUAUUUGGAUGAUUUCGAGGGAUGUGAUGAGACACAGACGUUACCAACCACCAGCUCUACCAAUUUACAUCGAAGUCCCGGGAAGGGCGUAAAUCGCCGGCAGUUUUUAUCAGAAGGUUAUAGUAGCACAUUCGGAGACUUCGAGUCCAUGGAAAGUAGCAAUUUUAGCGGUUUCAUCGAAAAUUCAGCCAUCAACGAACCGCAGUACCCUACGAAUGCAACAAACUUUUAUUCCGGCACUUAUGUAGGCAGUUAUGGAACAAAUUCUUUGAGUGACCAGAUAGGCUGCGCGCAAACUGCGAGCAGUGAGCCAGCGAAGGAAAAUAGACUGAAAUCAAUUUAUGAAUUAAAAGAACGAGAAAAAGCAGUGAAACAUGUGAAUAAAAUUUGUUAUGCGUUUGCGAAAUUCGGCGAUUGUCACUAUGGUGAAAGUUGUAAAUUUUCCCAUGAUCCGAAGUUGUUAGCCAAGCAGCAAUCGCUGCAACGUAUAGUGCCUCAGUACAAUGAAAUGAAAAGCAGUGCACAAAAACCUUAUAUAAAUGAAAUUGAAAGUUCAAGCGCAACAUGCCAUCAGUUGGAGCAACGUUUAAUUGAAAUUCAGCGAGAACUUACAAUGUUAGAGGAAGAGGGGAAGAAGCCAAAGUCUUCAGUCAUUGUGCCUCGGAGAAGCCAAUCGAUUUUUGGUGGUAAUUCGAGAGCUGCUAUCAAUGUCGGGGGUGAUUUUAUCGUAAAAAUUGGAACAUCAUGUAAUGAUCGACAAGAAAACAAACGGAAUAAUUUUUAUGAAGAAACACAUCGAGACUUCGAUAAAACGGAAGAUAGUAAUCGUAAAAGAUUUAAAAAAUCGAGCUUCCUGCCAGAAGAAAAGAUGCUUGCUAUUAGCGAUGAUGAUAGUGAGGAAAAUAGCAAAAGUGGAAGGAACGAAAAGCCCCUUAAAUUGGACGAUGUUAUUGCCGAUGAAAUUUCAAGUUCUGAUGAUGAAGGGAAUGCAGUGUCACCGAUUAAAAAAGCGAAGAUUCUAGUCACUGAAGAAAUUUCUGAUGAUUCAGAUGCGAAACAAAGUGAAGUAGGUUCACUCGUUGAAGAAGAUGGUGAGCUGAGUUUAGUAUCCGAAGACGAAGUGCGAUGCGAUCAAAUUUCGGAUGAUGAGCAUGAUAAUGGAAGCGUUACUGAACCCCUGGAUCUUACGUCGGUAAUCGAUCCGAAGCAAUUAAUCGAUAUCAGUGAAGAUGAGCUGGUAGAAGAAGAUGAGGGUGCUAGUACAAGCCAAAAACCGAAAUCUUUACGUGAUAGGCUUUGUUUCCCCCAUGUUUUUGACGACGACAUUCUUGUCCUCGAUUGUCUUUCUGAAAAGUUUGUCGAUGAAGUACGAUCUGAAGGUUUUAACGUGACAGCAUCGAAGCAAUCGAAAAAACUGGAGUUGUACGAAUCUCUACAUGGAGAUCAUCACUUAUCCAGUUUAGAACAGAGGAGACAUAUAGAAGAGUAUUUGAAAUCGACGUUGUUGCUGCAACAGAUGGACGGUAGUAUUAAUAAUAAACCAGCAUACUCAGAACUGUUGGAGGAGUCCAGACAACUCUGUUACGGUCGAGGAAAUCAAUUCAUCUAA